CCCUCACAAGUGCACGGUAUAAGCACCAGCUCAUCCCGAUUACUUCAAGCAAGCAAGCAUCUACAAGACAUGGGAGGGGGCGGGAACUUUCUCUUACAGUGGCAGCCUCAGGCACCACAGCACAUCGCACCCCCACCUCCAACCCUCCUCCACCUGAGUUAAGUUUAUAACUUCCCCAUCUGAUAAACCACCAACUGUGCUAUACACAUCACGGCACCCAACACGUACGAUAAAUCAACUAGCCUUGCUAUAAAUCAUCCCUCACAACUCUGUCCAUCUAAUCACCAAACAUGGGUAAAAAUAAAGGCAGCAGCGGCGGCAGUGGUGACAAAAAGGGCAAAGACAGUGGAGGCGACAAGAAGGGCCUCAAGCCCGCGACCUCCAUCAACGUGCGGCAUAUUCUUUGCGAGAAACACUCCAAGAAGGAAGAAGCUUUGGAGAAGCUCCGCAAUGGGGCCAAAUUUGAUGAGGUGGCGAGGGAGAUGUCGGAGGAUAAGGCUCGUCAGGGCGGAUCUUUGGGGUGGAAAGUUCGCGGGAGUUUGAAUGGGGAGUUCGAGAAGGCGGCGUAUGACCUGGAGCCCAGUACGACGGCGAAUCCUAAGUGGGUGGAGGUGAAGACCGGGUUUGGGUAUCAUAUUAUCAUGGUUGAGGGGAGGAAGUAGAUCUAUUCCAUUGCAAGUAUCUUGAAUUACUUAUGCAAAGGCGCCGCAAGCGUCGCGGUGAUCAAAUCCAUUGGCUGGAGUCGGAAGAACUAGAUAACAUACUAGAUACCAUUAAU